AUGCGGUCUGAUGAGAAGUCUCAGGGGUCUGGCUUCAUUGGAUCGAAUUUAGUCGAGGAAUUGUUGGAGUUGGGAUACAAAGUGCGGGUUUUGGACAAUUUAGUGACAGGUAACAUCCAGUAUCUGCCAUUGGACCAUCCGCGACUAGAGUUUCGCUAUGGGGAUAUUAUGGACUUGAAAACUCUGCGGGCUGCGAUGGAGGGUAUUGCUGGGGUUAUCCAUCUAGCAGCCGCUAGCAAAGUGCUGCCGAGUUUAAAGAACUCCACUAUGGCUACUUUCAAUGUUAAUGUGAACUCGGUUGGUACGGCUAACGUGCUUGAAGUAGCUCAGCAAACUGGGACGGUAAACUGGGUGAGCAGUUCCAAUGGAAGCGUAUGA